GGGCUGGAAAUAAACAGAUCAGCAGCAGCAGCAGCAGUUACAGUGACAGAGAGCAGCAGCAGCAGCAGGGAUAAGGAGACAAAGGGAAGAGGCUGGGGAGACAGAUAUAUAGGAGGUGUCAGAGCAGUGCCCCCCAUGCUGUAGCAUUCUGCUGCACUGUAUAAGCCGGAGACAGCUGCUGUCAUUAGAUAAUAGUCAUAGUGCGCCCAGUCCCGCUGCACCCCGGCUCCCACUCUCUGCUGCUGCAGCCUCUGAGACAGGUAACCCCCAUAGGUGAGAGUAUGGCGCGGGGCUCCCCCUGGCCGGCUGCCUGCGGGCUGAUGCUGCUUCUCCUGGGCAGCUCCAUCUCCUCUCCCUCCGAGGCUCAGGGCAGGCGGCGGAGGCUGAGCCAGGAGCCUGGCGGCAUCUCCUUCGAGUAUCACCGUUACCCAGAGCUGCGGGAGGCGCUGGUGGCUGUGUGGCUGCAGUGCCCGUCCAUCAGCAGGAUCUACACGGUGGGACGGAGCUACGAGGGCCGGGAGCUGCUGGUCAUAGAGAUCUCCGACAAGCCCGGAGAGCAUGAGCCUGGUAAACCGGAGUUUAAGUAUGUUGGGAAUAUGCACGGGAAUGAAGCUGUGGGCAGAGAGCUUCUUAUUUAUUUGGCUCAGUAUCUGUGCAAUGAAUAUCAGAAAGGCAAUGAAACUAUCAUCAAUCUUAUCCGCAAUACCCGUAUACACAUCAUGCCUUCUAUGAACCCUGAUGGGUUUGAAAAAGCUGCUCAACAACUUGGAGAUAUAAAGGACUGGUUCGUUGGUCGUAGCAACGCACAAGGUAUAGACUUAAACAGAAACUUCCCUGAUUUGGAUCGUAUUGUGUACAUUAAUGAGAAAGAAGGAGGAACCAACAAUCAUUUGCUGCUUAACAUGAAGAAGGCAGUUGACGAAAACACCAAGCUUGCCCCUGAAACCAGAGCAAUAAUUCACUGGAUUAUGGAUAUCCCGUUUGUUCUCUCAGCUAAUCUACAUGGAGGUGAUCUUGUUGCCAAUUAUCCCUAUGACAAGACUCGCAGUGGCAGCGCUCAUGAAUACAGUGCUUGUCCUGAUGACAGCAUUUUCCAAAGCCUGGCCCGUUCAUAUUCUUCUCUCAACCCAGCCAUGUCUGACCCAAACUGGACACCAUGUCGCAAGAACGAUGAUGAGAGCAGUUUUGUUGAUGGGACCACAAAUGGUGCUGCUUGGUACAGUGUUCCUGGAGGUAUGCAGGAUUUCAAUUAUUUGAGCAGUAACUGUUUUGAAAUCACUGUGGAGCUGAGCUGUGAGAAGUUCCCACCUGAGGAAUUGCUGAAGAAUUACUGGGAGGAAAACAAGGACUCUCUGGUGAACUAUAUCAAGCAGGUGCAUCGUGGGGUAAAAGGAUUUGUCAGAGACCAUCAAGGAAAUCCAAUUGCUAAUUCUACAAUAUCUGUAGAUGGAAUCAACCAUGAUAUAACCUCAGCUAAGGAUGGUGAUUACUGGAGACUACUGUCACCCGGGAACUACAAAGUCACUGCAUCCGCUCCUGGGUAUCUUGCAGUCACUAAGAAAGUAGCUGUUGCCUAUAGCCCUGCUACCAAGAUUGAUUUUGAUCUGGAAUCUUUAUUGGAAAGGAAAGAGGAGGAAAAGGAAGAGCUGAUGGAAUGGUGGAAGAUGAUGUCCCAGACCUUGAACUUUUGAAUAAAGCAAUGCUGACAGUAAAUGAAAUAAGUUGAGUCAGAACGCAGUACUGUGGUAUAUAUAUAUAUAUAUAUAUAUAUAUAUAUAUAUGUGUAUUUAUUUGUACUUACACACGCAAACACACACACACAUAGUUUACAAAAAUGCAUAUAUAUUCCUAUAUGCAUGUCAUAAAAACAUUCCUUUACAUAUUGGAUGAUGUGUCAUGUUAGACUUUCAGACACUGUUUUCUUUGUUUCUGUGAUAAUCUGGAUUGGCAUCUGCACUCUCUGUAGAAAUGUUAGACUUACAACUAGGGUUACUGUAGAAUUUGGCACAAGAGAUUCUGAGGAGAUGGCAAAUGCUGAGCUACAGCAUUUGACCUAAAGUCGUGACUGACGAUAUGUACAGUAAGUAGAAAUGCAAUAUUUUAUCUCCAAGCCAUGUGUUGUAGAGUAUAUAUUAGUUUACACAAUAGUAUACACAGCUGUUGCCAAAGUGUUUUGGCAGUAUGUAAGCAGAAGUUAUGUCAAUUAUUCUUGGUAUGGGUCCUGGAAGGAGAAAUAUAUAUUGGCUUUGUUUUCUCUUUGUUAAAAGUUCACUUAUUCCAUGACCAAGUGUGAAUUACAAAUGUUGCUGUCUCCAAAAUUAAGUUUUCCAUAACGGAUUACAAUGUGGGUUAGCCAUUAAACAGUAAUGCAUACAAGGA